CUCUCUCCCCUCCAUUUCCAUUCAAAUUUCAAACCCAUCUGCUUCAAAAGAUCUCGGCAUUCACCACUUCAUUUUCUCCUCGUGAUAAUCUAGUUUUCAAUAGUUGGAAGAGAGAGAAAAACAUGUAUUAAUGAGAGGAAACUUUGGAAAGUGAAGAGGGUGAAGGGAAGGUUCAAAAAUGAGCACUGCAAGAUUCAUCAAGUGUGUCACUGUGGGUGAUGGAGCAGUUGGGAAGACAUGCAUGCUCAUUUCAUAUACUAGCAAUACCUUCCCCACAGAUUAUGUGCCCACGGUGUUUGACAAUUUUAGUGCUAAUGUGGUGGUGGAUGGAAGUACAGUUAACCUUGGACUUUGGGAUACUGCUGGACAAGAGGAUUAUAACAGGCUGAGACCUCUGAGUUAUAGAGGUGCUGAUGUGUUCUUGUUGGCCUUCUCCCUGAUUAGCAAAGCCAGCUAUGAAAAUAUCUCAAAGAAGUGGAUCCCUGAGCUAAGGCAUUAUGCUCCAACUGUGCCAAUUGUGCUAGUGGGAACCAAACUAGACAUACGUGACGACAAGCAGUAUUUGAGUAAUCAUCCUGGUGCAACUCCAAUCACAACUGCUCAGGGGGAGGAACUAAAGAAGAUGAUUGGUGCUGCUGUUUACAUCGAGUGCAGCUCAAAGACUCAGCAGAAUGUGAAAGCUGUGUUUGAUUCUGCAAUCAAGGUUGUCUUGCAGCCUCCAAAACCAAAGAAAAGGCGAAGGAGGACACGCCCAUGUGUGUUUCUUUAAAUCAAUUUUCAUGUUAAUAAACCUUGUACGAGACGCAGUCCCUCUACAGUUUUCAUUCCACCAAUAUGUUAUUCAUACAACCUGUACUACUGUUUUUUCUCUUUUUUGUUUGAUGUAGUCAUGCUUAUAUGAAUUUUAAGGAAUAUCAUCUCCUCUCUUCUGUACAAUUUAAACUCUACAUGUUUUGUGUUUGGUGCCAA